CCGCUGCGGCUCGCCCGCACAAGCCCAGCCUCGGCGCGGGCCGCAGCCACCCCGGCCGCCGCCGCCGCGCUUCCUCCAGCCUCGGGCCGCGGCCGUCGCCGCCGUGUAGCCGCCGAGCCCGCCGGGCUGGGCACUCGGCGCCCGGGCCGCCACUGCCGCUGUCGCUCGCUCCCCUCUAGCUCCCGGGAGGACGCGCUGGACCCGCUCCUCAGCAGCCUCAGCGCGGGGUGCUCACUGCCGGAGCACCCUCCCUAGGGCUGGCGUCCUUCUCCCAGCGCCCAGCAUCCUGCACAGACCUCGGCGUUCUCUGCCCUGAGCAUCCUCUCGAGUGCUUGGCAUCCUCCUCGGGGCUCAGCAUCCUCCUUCCGUUCGACAGCGGCGCCCGGGCCCGGGCCCCACCCGCUCGCACCCCACCCGCGGGAAGGAGGCCUCGGGAAUGCAGGGGAGUGGCUGUGGGGGCGCGUCGCCGCUCGGCCAGCCCCUCUGCCCAAACACGGGCUGCUUCCCCAUUGUAGAAGCUGCGCCGUGAGGACGGCGGCGUGCUGCUCCCGGCGCGGGGCUGCGGGGAAUCUCGGCGAGCCGAAGCCCUGGCGUCUUUUUAGGGUGCGGCGGGGAGGGCCCUGGCGUUUGGGGAGUGGGCCAGGAGGAGGACCGGAGCAGGAAAAGGACUCUGGGGGGGGGGGGUCUGGGUGAGAGACUAUGGGGAAGGACCAGGAGCUGUUGGAAGCUGCUCGCACUGGCAAUGUGGCUCUGGUGGAGAAACUCCUGUCUGGCAGGAAAGGAGGGAUCCUGGGCGGUGGAUCCGGACCUCUGCCCCUGUCUAAUCUGCUAAGCAUCUGGCGAGGCCCCAACGUGAACUGCACAGACAGUUCGGGUUACACCGCUCUGCACCAUGCAGCCUUAAAUGGACAUAAGGACAUAGUUCUCAAACUUCUUCAGUACGAGGCAUCAACAAAUGUAGCAGACAACAAAGGUUACUUUCCCAUUCAUCUGGCUGCCUGGAAGGGAGAUGUGGAGAUUGUGAAGAUUCUCAUUCACCAUGGACCUUCACAUUCCAGAGUCAAUGAACAGAACAACGAGAACGAAACCGCCCUGCACUGCGCAGCUCAGUAUGGACACUCAGAAGUGGUCGCUGUUCUCCUGGAAGAGCUCACGGACCCUACGAUCAGGAACAGCAAACUUGAGACACCGCUGGACUUGGCAGCACUCUAUGGACGGCUGAGAGUGGUGAAGAUGAUCAUCAGCGCGCACCCGAACUUAAUGAGCUGUAACACUCGGAAGCACACGCCUCUUCACCUUGCUGCCCGCAAUGGUCACAAGGCUGUUGUACAGGUUCUGCUGGAGGCAGGCAUGGAUGUGAGCUGCCAAACAGAAAAGGGGAGUGCUCUCCACGAAGCGGCUUUGUUUGGGAAGGUGGAUGUGGUGCGAGUUCUGUUAGAAACAGGAAUUGAUGCCAACAUCAAGGACAGUUUAGGAAGAACUGUCUUAGACAUCCUGAAAGAGCACCCAUCUCAGAAGUCUCUCCAGAUUGCCACGCUCUUGCAAGAGUAUUUGGAAGGCACGGGAAGGCCAGCAGUCCUGGAAGAGCAUGCGCAGGAAGAUACAACACAAGAGACACACCUUUCCUCUCCUGCUGAGUCUCCUUCCCAAAAGACUAAAAGUGAAACUGUCACUGGAGAACUAUCAAAGCUUCUGGAUGAAAUAAAACUCUGCCAAGAAAAGGAUUAUUCCUUUGAAGAUUUGUGCCACACGCUUUCAGGCCACUACUUAGAUAAUUUGAGCAAGAUUUCAGAGGAAGAACUUGGGAAAAAUGGAAGCCAGAGUGUAAGAACUUCAUCUACAAUAAAUUUGUCACCAGGAGAAGUGGAAGAGGAGGAGGAGGAUCCGAACACUUGUGGACCCACAGGACUUUGGGAAGCACUAACUCCGUGUAACGGAUGUAGGAACCUGGGCUUUCCCAUGCUUGCACAGGAGUCUUAUCCAAAGAAGAGGAAUUACACCAUGGAAAUUGUGCCAUCUGCUUCUCUGGACACAUUCCCUUCGGAAAAUGAAAACUUUCUUUGUGAUCUCGUGGACACAGCUGUUACAAAGAAACCUUGCUCCUUAGAAAUCGCAAGGGCACCUUCUCCGAGAGCUGAUAAUGCCUCUGAGGUAGCAAUUACUGCUCCAGGAACUAGUCACCAUAGAAACAGCUCUACAGGCCCAACACCUGACUGCUCACCUCCAUCUCCCGACACUGCCCUAAAAAAUAUCGUAAAAGUUAUCCGACCCCAGCCGAAACAACGAACAUCUAUUGUGUCUUCUCUGGAUUUCCAGCGAAUGAAUCAUAACCAAGAAUACUUUGAAAUCAGCACAUCUGCAGGGUGUACCAGCUUUACCUCUAGCCCUCCAGUUAGUCCGCCCACCUCUUCUGUGGAAACCACAGAAGUCAAGAACGAGGGAGCUGAACACACAGAUGACCUCUGUCAACAGGAAGACAGUGACGCCCCAAGAGAAUAUGAUGCUGGGCAAUUUGCAGGUCUUCUUCAUGGAUCCUCUCCAGCCUGUGAGUCUCCUGAAAAUCCAUUUCAACUGUAUGGAAAAAGAAAUCAAUGUGAAGACGGACCAGACGAAGCCAGUCUGGCAAACAGUCCUUUGCCUUUCAAACAGACUCCGAUAGAAAACAACUCAGAGCCGUUGGUAAAGAAAAUUAAACCCAAAGUGGUCAGUAGAACAAUUUUCCACAAAAGAAGCCACCAGCUUGAGAACCACACCAUUGUCGGCACAAGAACACCUCGGAGUGGAUCCCGCCGUGGAGACCAGUGGGGUGUAAACACAGGGGGCUUUGUGGAGAGAGCGUGUACUCUGGGGAGGAUCCGGUCAUUGCCCAAAGCCCUGAUUGACAUGCACCUAUCCAAAACUGUCUCUAAGUCCGAUUCUGAUCUUAUUGCCUACCCUACAAAGGACAAAAUGAGAGUUAACUGGAGCGAAUCAUCAACUGCCGAACGCAGUUCUAAAGAUAAUUCUGAAAGAACACCUUCCUUCACAUCUGAAUGGGAAGAAAUCGACAAAAUAAUGAAUUCUAUUGAUGUUGGAAUCAACAGUGAACUCGAAGAGAUGAAUGGUGAGAUCACAAGACCCAGAUGCCCUGUCCAAACUGUGGGACAAUGGUUGGAAAGCAUUGGGCUACCUCAGUACGAGAACCACCUGAUGGCUAAUGGAUUUGACAAUGUACAGUUUAUGGGAAGCAAUGUUAUGGAAGAUCAGGAUUUGUUGGAAAUUGGAAUCCUUAAUUCUGGACACAGACAGAGAAUUCUACAGGCAAUCCAGCUCCUUCCAAAGAUGAGGCCCAUUGGUCAUGAUGGCUACCAUCCCACCUCUGUAGCUGAGUGGCUGGAUUCCAUUGAGCUGGGUGACUACACCAAAGCCUUUCUCAUUAAUGGCUACACGUCGAUGGACCUGUUGAAAAAAAUCUGGGAAGUUGAACUUAUUAAUGUUUUAAAAAUCAGUUUGAUUGGCCACAGGAAACGCAUUUUGGCAUCUCUGGGAGACAGACUGCACGACGAGCCGCCACAAAAACCCCCUCGGUCCAUCACCCUCAGGGAACCCAGUGGUAAUCACAGUCCUCCUCAGUUGUCUCCAUCACUUAGCCAAAGCACUUACACCACUGGUGGCUCCCUAGACGUUCCUCACAUUAUCAUGCAGGGCGAUGCAAGGAGGAGAAGAAAUGAAAACUACUUUGAUGAUAUUCCCCGAUCAAAGCUGGAGAGGCAGAUGGCUCAGCAGUCGUCUGUCUGUGAAAUAUGGACGAAUCAGAACGCUGGAUUUCCUUUCUCAGCGAUCCAUCAGGUUCAUAAUACAGGGGACUGGGGAGAGCCGUCCAUCACCUUGCGACCUCCUAACGAAGCCACAGCCUCAACUCCAGUCCAGUACUGGCAGCACCACCCAGAAAAGCUCAUUUUCCAGUCGUGUGACUACAAAGCUUUUUAUUUAGGUUCUAUGCUGAUAAAAGAGCUGAGGGGCACGGAAUCAACGCAAGAUGCUUGUGCAAAGAUGCGGGCUAACUGUCAGAAGUCGACGGAGCAGAUGAAGAAAGUCCCCACUAUUAUUCUUUCAGUCUCCUAUAAAGGAGUCAAAUUUAUUGAUGCAACAAAUAAGAACAUAAUUGCGGAACAUGAAAUUCGUAAUAUCUCCUGUGCUGCCCAGGACCCAGAAGACCUCUCAACAUUUGCUUAUAUCACAAAAGAUUUGAAGUCCAACCACCACUACUGUCACGUGUUUACUGCCUUUGAUGUGAAUUUAGCCUAUGAAAUCAUCCUAACACUGGGACAGGCAUUUGAGGUCGCUUACCAGCUAGCUCUACAAGCAAGAAAAGGGGGGCAUUCCUCCACGCUUCCAGAAAGCUUUGAAAACAAGCCCUCCAAACCCAUCCCAAAGCCCCGCGUUAGCAUCCGCAAGUCAGUGGCUCCGCAGACAUCCUGUCCCAACAGGCUGGUAUGACUUCAAAGCGCACGCCUCUGGUAGUAGCAACACCCCAAAGCUGGAAGGUUCCCAGCCAGCUUCCCAUCUGCUUUCUGCUCCAGCUACCAUCCUGCAUCCUAGACUCUCUGGGAUUGGCACCGGGCAGGCCCCCAGAAUGCAUUGCCCCCUCACCCUGCAAUCUUUCCAUCUGCUACAUUCUCCUCCUCCCAGCAGCUCUCAGCCUCCGUGUCAAUGAGGAAAUAGACAUUUUUAACCUUCAGAGAAAGGUUCCUUCCUUGAUGAUAAUGCGGGGCUCCUCUCCUGUCUCUGCUCUUGGUGACUUCGCCACACCCCUCCCGGUGACUUCCUUUCUCCACACGGCAGAGGUCGUGGUACCCUACAGACACCAAAACCUAAUUUCUCAGCACACUCCCUGAUGCCCAGGCCUUCCCAUUCCUUGAGUAUGUACACUGCUCAGUCCUACUUGAGUCUUUGUUCCACCUUUUCCUACCCCAGGAGUGUCCUUUUCCACCUCUCCCGACCCCUGACCUCUGCAUGGCCCAAUCCGUGAUAUCAAUUCAGGUCUCAGCUGCACGAAGCACUUCCUGCCAAUGGUAGAUCCCUGCUCACGCUGUAGCCUCUGUUUCACUAUGUGUAGUAUUUACUGAACUGCUCACGUACCACUUAUUUCUUCCUCCCAAAGAAAUACCUGCUUCAUGAAGUGCACGGGCAUGCUGUCACUUCAGGGCCAGGCCAUAGCAUGCUUAUAUCACCAAUCUGCGCUUAAAGAAAUGAGGCCUGGAGGGUGGGUUUAACGGAUGCGUCUCUGAGUGUGGUCAGGCUUCAGAGUGACCGGGAAUGCACAGCAUGUCUGGGGGAGGGGGUGUCGCUCAGACUACUGUGUUCCCUCCCAUGCCCGCUGUGAGAGCCUCCUCCCAGCUUUACCAUGGUCCACAUAGACUCCUUCCAGAAGAGCACGAAGGGUUUGUUACCAUAAGGGCUCAUAGAAUACCCGUCUAGAUGCCCUCUCUGGGAAACAGGGAAGUGCACAGCAGAUGAUGCCAAUGUCUUUACCUGGCUCAGGAGCCAGCAUCUCAGCAGGCUUCAGGGUUCCCAGUUCCUCAACUCUGGUGGCUUACUGUGAGGAAACACAGUGCUCCUUGAAUGUCCUUAUCUUGGCCUCUGGGGACACAGUGGAAACACAGCAGAAAGCAGCCCGAUAGGCGCGGAGACACAGGCCCUGCGGCCUGCAGCAGCCUCAAAAGCUGGUAGAGCAAGACAACACAGGACUUCCAGAAAUUCCUUGGCCCAAUUUACAGAGCAAAGUAGAUGGCCAAAGGAUGAGAGAGCCAUUGGGGGAAGAGCUUAACUGAGGCCUGCCAGGCCUCAGACCUUAGCUACGGCCCAGGGAAUGACCGUGUGGCUCCCUGUAAGCAUCGUCUGAGGGCAGGGCAGAGUCUACCAAGGCCCAGCCUGACAGGCUCCGGCUGACCCCUUUCCUCCUCUGCUGCUGGUCCAUCCCACUCUGUCUCUCUGCCACUGUCCCCUCCCUCUGGGAUCUGUACCUGCCUUCUAUCCUCCCCAGCACCUUCUUUAUCCAGGCCGACCGCUCAAUUGCCCUAACAGUAUUAUCAACUGUACAAGUAUUUAUAGCAUGCCUACUUUGCAUUCGGCUGCUAGGAGCGUUCGUUCCCAGGUUUGGAGAAAGGAGCAAUAAAGGAAACCUAAAACCCCACCUUUAUGGGCAGCCAUUGUGGCAAAGGAGGUCUGCCGGUGUAUGUGUCGGAGAGGGGAAGCGGGAAGCAGACAAGUUGAGGUGCCCUUUUGUAGAGGGUGUGGCAGGUACAGCUUCUAGGAGAGGAAGCAGUGUUGGAGCCAAGCCCUGGACCACCCUGGCUAGGAGCCAGCGGAGCACAGCAGGCAUGGGUGCCAGCUUCGGGGAGACAAGGCUGGAGCUUAGAAAGGCAGCAGGCAAGCGGGUGGGCUCCGCAGGGUCCUCGUGAGGAUUUAGGGUUCCUUGGGUCCCGAUGCCUGAGCCCUGGGGGCGGGGCCGGGUCUCACUCGCGUCACCC